CACGAAGUAGACUUUUUAGUCUUUCCGUAGUUUUAAUAGUUUUUAUUAUAACUCAUCUACUCCACUUAGAGUCUAAAAAUUUCCUUUUUAUUUCCCUAACCUAACCUUUCACUUGGAUGAUUUUACAUUUGAAAUAAACUUUGCAGUUCUAAUGUUCGUAUUGUAAUCAUAGUGUCAGAAUAUCAUUUUCUAUAUUAUUGUAAGUAGUAAGCGAGUGAUUAUAGGUACCAGACGCUGAUUGGCUGAGACGUACCACGUGACUAAAUAUGACGUAGUUGUAGGGGCAUGUCUUCAGGGACUUUAGUUGCUAAGGAGAUGACGUCAUUGGGAAAACCCCGGGGAAAUCCUUGAUGACGUCACUUUGUCGUCAUUUUGGGAAAGUAGUAGUAAGCGAGUGUUUAUAGGUACCUGGACCCCGUUUCUCAAAAAUUCGUUGAUUAACGUAAACAUUAAAAUUUAACGAUUUGAUAACGUAAAAAAUAACGUUUUCGUUAAAGUGUUUCUCAAAAGCACUCGUUAACUUAACAUGUUAACUUUCAAACGUUAUUUAACGCUUGACUUUUACGUGUGAUUAGCCCUAGAUACAUUUUCUUCCGGUUGGCCAUUCACAUGCGCAACGCGAACUUGACCUCAACAUGGCUGAACAUGGAUAAACAAAUCUAAAGAAAUAGUCGUCUGCAAUCUUUCGCGGUAAGUUUUUAUCAAUUAAGUUUCUUGACUGAUGGCAAUGGAGGAUAAAAAAACAAGGAAACCUAAAUGGGGAGACAGGGAAAUGACAAUCUUUUGUCAAUCAGUGGCUGAUAAUUACCGGAUAAUAAAAGGAAAGUUUUCGCCGUCCCUGACUCGUGAAAAAAAAAAUGGCAGUAUGGCGUGAAAUUUCUAAAAAAGUAAACGCAGUAACUGUGUUCAAACCCUGGAGAAAGUGAAAAAAAGGUGGCAGGAUGCCCAAACCGCUGUCAAAAAAAAGAGAGUGACAGGAAGAAAGAGAUGAAUGGUACUGGUGGUGGUUCUGAGCCAGAUAUUUACUUCCGUAAAUGGGAGCUGAUAGUUCUUGAUACUCUAUCGCCUGCUGCUAUUGUAGGGAUAGAGGGAGCUGUAGAUACAAGUUGCCGCCAACCCAUGUUGAGUUUGGCUCCACCAAAAAAUGAUGCAACAUAUUUUAUGCCUGAAGAAGGUGAAAUAACCAUUGAAGAAAAGGCUGUCAAUGUGUUACCAGAAGGAGAGGUAGAGAAAGAUAGUCCAUCACCAGAACAGUUUCAGGAAAUUUCUAAACCAAAGAGGAAGAGUUUAGGUGAGUGUUUUCCAUAUUAA